AUGACAUAUAAGUAUUUAUUUUUAACGUUUGACAAACUGAUUGGAGAAGACACUUUAGAUCAUGAUUAAGUUGUGAAACGUAUUUUCUGAAUAGACGUUAUGCUAUUAUCCAUUAGGAGGAUGUUUCUAUAUAUAUUAGGCAUAUUAAGUUUAUGCAUGAAAUUCAUUGUCUCCUGUAGCGUCCAUGUCUGCUUGACAUGGGAAGCUAAAAAAGGGAACAUAACUUUCAAAUGUAAAGUUAGCCAGUUAAAAUUUAAAGUUGACUUUUUAAAUCCAAAGAACGAAGAACAAGGAUACUGUAUCAGCCCUAUACCAGUCCCAGGGUGUUAUUCGUUACAUAAUGUUAUAACGCAGGAUCAACAAACAAACACAACUGUCCUUGUAAUACAAAGGCAUGUAGACAACAGACUCAAUGGACCUUGGAAAUGUUAUCAUGGUACAAACGUAGAUGCGGCAAUUGUUAAUGUUACAGUCAUACAACAAGUAAUAUUCAAGACAGUAUUUAAGAAUGAUAAUUGUGGUGAACAACAUAUGGCAUGGACAUUCAUCGGCGUUAUGAUAGGUGUGGCUAUAGUAUUCAUUUUGGGGGCAGUUCUCAAAAUAUCUCCAAGAGAAAAAUGGUUUGGGCGGUGUUGCAUCUGUGGUAAAAUAUGCUACUAUGUUACGAAGGCAUUCAUUGGUAUGUCAUUGAUUACUCUCGUCAUCAUUAUUCCCUUUGUGAGUGGAUUACAUAGAAAUAGUUGCAAAGAUAAAGGAUUUUUCAUAAUCUUUGGCGUUUUCAUGGUCUUUGUGUUUGUGAUAGGUCUUUCGAUUCCAAGAAAAGAAGUUACCACCGAUACAUAACAGAUAAGAUUAUACAAUUGAAUAGCAAAAUUGGACAAUUAUAUGGAAUUCGUUUCAAUUCUUUUAUGAUGUCACCUUUGAAUUGCAAUUCAGCUAGAAUAUAGAUAUUAAACAUC